AUGCGGUUCUCUAUCCUCAAGUCCGUGGUCACAGCCAUGGCUCUCACCGUUACGACCGUGCUCGGUAAUCUCGCGCCGCAGCAAAUCGUCGACGGGCUAGAUUCCCUGACAGCAAAGGCCGUGGCCCUGCAGCCCGUCGCGCAAUCCAUUACUAUUCUCAACGCCCCCUUGAUCGUCAUCGGUCAGGGCCCGUUUCCACAACUCAUUGCCGGCUUCGCCGACAUUGCCUCUACCGGAAACGCACUGAUCUCACAAAUGGAUGGCCAAGAACCCGUGCAGCCCGGUCCUUCCGAAGACGUCUACAACGCCGUCCGUAGACUCGUGCAGACCUAUCAGGCUCUCCUCAACAUCCUCAUCGGCAAAGCGGGUCUCUUGGAAAGGAUCCCUAUUAUCGGAGAACCGGUCGCUGCCAGCUUGCGAGGUGUCCAGGGCGCUUUAGACUCUAUCUUUAUUACGCUUAUCAACGUUGUUGAGAGCAGGGCGAACGACAUCACCUCGCAGGCUAACAGUCUUGAAAAUACCCUUGACCUAACCAUCGGAAAGUACCAAUCGAUCGCGAGCGGUCUGUAA